AUGGCAAGGAUAAAGUACGUAGGGCGUCCUUCCUUGGAUUUUUUUGGAAAAUAUCUCAGCGAAAUAGCCAGUAACCUUUGUGACAGGGGAGUGGGCCGUGUUGUUAUCAAAGAGUCCGAGAAAAGAAUGUACAAAGAGCCGUGUUUUUACGUGAUUAAGGAAAUUGAACCAUUGAUGUCGGAUUCGUCGGGCGCAAGAUGUCGGGCCUAUGCUGAACGUGUAUUUCGUGGACACAACUUUGGUAUUGUCUCUGUUCCAAAUUCUCAUGAACCCGAUUGGCGCCUCCUGAAUAUCGAUGAGGGAAGAAAGUUACAGGAUAGUACCAACCUUGGAUUAAAUCGUGCUCCAUUUGUACCGGUCAAAUGCGUGGCCCCAAUGCCACCGGUUCUUGCGCUUAAACUGCUCCAAAUGGGGAAAAUUCCCGACGAUAUUGUCGAUGCUUCACGUCAGGCUCUUUCUUCAAGUCCAAUCACCACUGCGCCGGAAGGACGUGGCUUCCUUUUGCUGACGAAAAUUUUCGAAGAUCCUACUCUUUUUCAAAUCCCAGUGGAGCCGGCGGAGGAUGAGAAGCGUCGCAUCUUCCCUUGCUUCCAGAGUCAAAUUGCAAUGCCUGGAGGAUUGGUGCGAAAAAAAGACGAUGACGCCCUUAAUAGGCGUAAUUAUUACUACAUCCGUCGGAGCGACACGCCUGGCCUGCGGUGGCGAGUCGAGUUGGCGGACUCGGACGUCGAAGACGAACUGCUGCGAUUGUCCUCACCCUCCACACAUCCGCAGUCUUCUCCCCUCCCUGUCAUUUCUGCUGACAAAGCCAAACACUCGAGAGGUUGA